GCGGCCUGGUUAUAUCCAGAAUCGUUCGUUGCCUGCAUUGAAACAGCGACAUAUAGAGUCACAUGUCUCUACCUUCAGGGAUAGACGGCAUGAUCAAAUCUAAAUGAAAUUGGAACGCUCUACCUUGUUUGUGAGAGGGUAUAAGACGUUGAAGUGCGCUCUCACAUCCGCCGUGCAAGUAGCUGGAUUAAGGAGAGAUCUGGCUUCAUACACACAAGAGCUUGGAUGACACCGCGGGGCACCUUCUCUUGAUCGUACAGAUAGCAACGGACAGAUCUACCUGUUAUGGCUUCCAGUAGAAUGAGUCUCAAUCGUUUGACCAAGAAGCCGAGACAUCCUUCGUCUACUUGCGCCAGCACCGAACUGCAGGAUAUUGGCGGUCUCCUGAGAAAGAGUCCGUCACUCCUCCGGAACCCGACACCUGAUGCUCAGUCGAUCAACUCACAAACCACAUGUCCUCUUCUCAGUCUGCCAAUAGAAAUUCGACGCGAGAUAUACCGCUACGUUCUUCCUCGACCGAAGCCAAAUAUGGGUUUCCGCUUCAUGCACGAUGGCGGCGACCAGUCUGUGACCUCUGAAUGGGGCGCCAAGAGGAAUGGUCGCACGAGCUCGCGACACCGGCUUGCCAUUCUCACCAUAUCCCGUCAGAUAUACAUCGAAGCGCUAUCGAUCCUAUAUUCAGAGAACCUAUUCCACUUUGUCACAUUCUCCUACACUCCUGUCCUGGAAUUACUGCGCAGAUUGUCACCUGACGCACGGAGUAGGAUGCGUCAGAUCCGGCUUACUCUUGUACCACCAGGCCAAGCAGAAGCAUGCGAGAAAGAAGGGGAACAUGAUACAUUCUGCACUGUUAUACAUGAUGCAUGUCCAGGCCUGGUGGAUCUGAUGGUAGAUCCCUCUCGAUACAUGUAAAACGGCCAGAGCAAUACCUCACAUAUGGAUAAAUAUUCUUACUCAGACAGGUUCAUUGAUGCCUCUGUCGCAGCUUUAGACCACUUGGUAUUACCACUAUGCAUGUUGCUAUCCAAGUGUACGUCCAUAAAAUUAUAUGGUACACUAGUGAUGACUUUGAUCCAAAUCGUAUGUACUAUAGCAUCAUAUAUACUCAGUUGCAAACACGAGCGCUCGGACUCUGGCU